AUUAUACAUAUAUAGCCUAGUUUAAGCCAUGUUUUCUACGCUUCCGAUAUUGCUUCUCUUACUAUUCCUAAGCCUAACCAUAACAGUAGUGCCAGCUCCGUCCCAAGAUGAUCACGGUGAUCUCAGUUUUGUCUUCAAUGGAUUCAAGCCAGGCAACCUGGUCCUCGACGGCUUAGCUGAAAUAACCUCCAAUGGCCUGUUGAGGCUCACGAACAACACGAACCACCGUACGGGUCAUGCUUUCUUUCCCAACUCAGUAACCUUCAAAGCCACCCCAAACGGCACCGUUUCUUCCUUCUCCACCUCAUUCGUCUUCGCCAUCAGACCGGAGUUCGCGGAUGUGAGCGGCCACGGCAUCGUUUUCGUGAUCGCUCCGACGAGAGGUCUUCCCGGAAGUUUCCCGACCGGGCACCUUGGCCUUUUUAACGAAUCCAACAAUGGCAACGCCACCAACAGAGUCGUCGGCGUCGAGCUCGAUACGGUUCUAAACACCGAGUACAAAGACAGAGACGUCGAUCACGUGGGGAUUGACAUUAAUGGUUUAACCUCGGUUAAAGCUGAACCGGCGGGGUAUUUCGACGAGAAAACAGGUGGGUUUACGAACUUAACUCUAAGGAGUGGUAAGCCGAUGAAGUUAUGGGUCGAAUAUGACGCUGUUAAGAAGCAGAUGAACGUGACGUUAGCUCCGGCCGAAGCUGUUAAACCCCAGAACCCGCUUUUAUCUUUGACCGAAGAUCUUUCACCGAUCAUAAAGGACACCAUGUACAUUGGUUUUUCUUCCUCAACAGGAUCUGUUACGAGUGAUCACUAUAUUCUGGGUUGGAGCUUUAAGAUUAAUGGCGAAGCUCUAGAGCUUGACUUUUCGAAACUCCCGAAUCUGCCUCGGGUCGGACCCAAACCAAAAUCCAAGCUUUUGACAAUUGGGUUACCGGUGAUUUGUUCGAGCUUGGCGGCUCUAGCGAUCUUGAGUGUAGUUCAUAUCAUCAGAAGAAGGAGAAAAUAUGCAGAGGUUGUUGAAGAUUGGGAGGUCGAAUAUGGACCUCAUAGACAUAGAUACAAAGAUUUGUAUAUGGCAACUGAGGGUUUCAAGGACAAAAAUUUAUUGGGUAGGGGAGGAUUUGGUAAAGUCUAUAAAGGAGUAUUGCCCUCCAAAACAGAGAUCGCUGUCAAAAGAGUCUCUCACGAAUCAAGACAGGGUAUGAGAGAAUUCGUGGCUGAAAUUGCCACUCUCGGCCGGCUCCGACACCGGAAUGUAUUACCCCUUUUAGGCUAUUGUCGCCGGAAAGGUGAGCUUCUUUUAGUCUACGAUUACAUGCCCAAUGGCAGCCUAGACAAGUACCUAUACAACAACCCAAAAACGACACUAAAUUGGCACCAAAGAUUUGGGGUCAUAAAGGGAGUUGCCUCGGGUCUAUGCUACCUUCACCAUCAAUGGGAACAGGUCGUCAUCCACCGUGACGUGAAAGCCAGUAACAUACUACUUGACGGUGAGUUAAACGGCCGGUUAGGAGACUUUGGUUUAGCUAGAUCGUAUGACCAUGGAGCCGAUCCUGAAACAACCCACGUCGCUGGAACAUUCGGCUACCUUUCCCCGGAGCAUACCCGAACCGGAAAGGCCACAACGAGCUCCGACGUCUUCUCAUUCGGAGCUUUCCUGCUUGAGGUGGCAUGCGGACGACGGCCCAUAGAGAGGAAAGGAUCAUCGGAGGAAGAGUUAGUUUUGGUGGACUGGGUUUUCUCAUGUUGGAGCAAAGGGAGGAUUACUGAGGCCAUAGAUUUAAAUUUGAUAGAAUUAGAUUCCGAAGUAUCAAUGGAGGAAAUAGAGUUAGUAUUGAAGCUGGGGUUGUUGUGUUCACAUUCGGAACCGAGGGCGAGACCGAGCAUGAGGCAAGUGGUCUCCUUUUUGGAGAGAGAUUUGCCAUUGCCGGACUUGUCUACAAUGGGACUCACAGCGGCGGGGUUGAUGUUCGUGCAUAGAGAGGGUUUCGGUGAAUCUGCAGCAUCUAUGGGACUUUUCCCUCAAGUGUCGUCGUCGUUGUCGUCUUCUAUUGCUGAGUCACUCCUCUCCAGUGGUCGAUGAGCUGAUUCGUAGUCCUAUACGUGAACUCACUUCACCUUAUGGUGCACGUUAUU